CCUCAGACUUUAACACUCAACAGAAAGCAGAGGAGCCCCAAGUCCUGGGGACCACAGGAGGUACCAUGCGCUCCAUGAUGCCCGCCCCCACCUGCCUGGCCCACUUGCUUCCCUGCUUCCUGCUACCGGCUCUGGUCCUUGUCCUCUCAGAAGCCUCUGAGCAGAGCAGCCGGAAUGAGUGGCAGGUGCUACAGCCUGAGGGCCCCAUGCUGGUGGCAGAAGGCAAGACACUCCUACUGAGGUGUAUGGUGGUUGGCUCCUGCACCGAUGGUAUGAUAAAAUGGGUCAAAGUGAGCACUCAGAACCAACAAGAAAUUUAUAACUUUAAACGUGGCUCCUUCCCUGGGGUGAUGCCGAUGAUCCAAUGGACAUCAGAACCACUGAAUUGCGAUUAUUCCAUCUAUAUCCACAAUGUCACCAGGGAGCACACUGGAACCUACCACUGUGUGAGGUUUAAUCGUUUGAGUGAACACUCAGAAAUGAAAUCGGAGGAGGGCACCUCAGUGCUUGUGAAGGGAGCUGGGGACCCUGAACCAGACCUGUGGAUCAUCCAGCCCCAGGAACUGGUGUUGGCAUCCACUGGAGACAAUGUCUUUCUGAACUGCACAGUGCUUGGAGAUGGUCCCCCCGGACCCAUCAGGUGGUUCCGGGGAGCUGGUCUGAGCCGGGAGGCCAUUUACAACUUUGGAGGCAUCUCCCACCCCAAGGCGACAGCGGUGCGGUCCUCCAACAAUGACUUCAGCAUUCUUCUGCAAGGCGUCUCCAAUGAGGAUGCAGGCACCUAUUACUGUGCAAAGUUUCAGAGGAAACCCAACAGGCAAUACCUGUCUGGACAGGGCACCAGGCUAAAACUGAAAGCAAAGUCUACCUCUUUCCAAGAGGCAGAAUUCACCAGGGAACGUGCAACUGAGAUGUCUCCAACAGGCCUCCUGGUUGUGUUCAUACCUACUGUCCUGGGGCUGAAGGCAAUGAUCUUGGCUGCAGUCCUGCUGGCCCUGGCUACCUGUUGGAGGAGCUCUGGGCAAGAAGAUUUCAAGACCACAGGCCCAGCAGAGCCAUGAACACCUUAUCAUGGAGCAAGGUUCAAAACUGAGGGGUCAGCCCCAGAGUGGGGAUCCUCUGAGUCGGAGAGGAGCCAGGGCUCCUCGACCACUUCCCUGCCUCCAGUCCCAGCCGCCAGAUGCCCCCAGGGCUCAUGACAGACUACUAGAUCUGUACAUCUGCUUUUGGUUCACCUAGUGAAAUUCCCCUCUUUGCACCGGGCUUCCCUCUGAAGUGUCUCCCUUUCUCUUUUCGGCCUGUUCAAGACCUCCUUGCUUUUCAGGACCUGGCUAAGUCUCUCCUCAAUACCCUUGCCCCUGCUGCAGCCCUUUCUGGUGUACCCUACCCCUUUCCCCACCUCCCCACAUCUUUCUUGGCCUCCAACAUCCAACUCAGAGUCUUCUUCCCAGGAGGUGUCCCUAAGCAUCUCUGAGUUCAACCAGCCAGAUCAUCUCUGCCCCUCUAUCUACACCCUUUUCCCCACCCUUCCUGCCUUCCUUCCAUCCCCCUCAUGGCUGGCUUGGGUGGGUGUAAUAUUAGGAUGCAGGUUCAGCAACUAUAACAAAACUCUUAAAUAACAAUGGCUUAACCCAGUAGAAAUCAACCAGAAUGUUGACCAUCAGCAGGCCAUGCAAUACAGAGACUCCCUGGUAUUGAGAUCUGGGAUUCACUGCUCCCAUUGCUACCAGAUCCACCUUCUAGCCAGUUAGACUGAGGAAGAAGACAGGGAAGAGGAGCAGGACCCUCCCCUUCAAGGGCACAGUCAGGAACUUGGUCACUUCACUUACCUCUACUUGGCUGGAAUGUGGUCACAUGGUCAUAUCUAGCUGCAAGAAAGUCUGGGAAAUGUAGUCUUUACUUCUGGCAGCAAUGUGCCCAGCUGCAAGUUUUCACCAGAGAACCAGAUGGUAGACAUCAGGGGAUAACCAGUUAUCUCCAUCACAGUGGCAGACAGGCAGUCUCUCACCUGCCCUGGGUUUAAACCUAAGUUUAAUGCCCAGCUAGCUGGCCAGCACUUCUUCCCACCAUCACCGCCCCUGGGGCAGCAUGAUGUGGGGCAUAGUUCCCAGGAAGAGUGAUUUUGCCCCCAUGGGACUUUUGGCAAUGUCUGGAGAUGUUUUUGGUUGGCACAACUUGGAGGUGCUACCACCAUCUAGUGGACUGAGAAGCCCUGACAUAGGGAAAAGUGUGCGUGCCAAAGAGUCAGACACACCUGCCUUGAACUGCCCUGCACUGUGCACCCUCAGUGACUAAUCAGAGGCCCUUCACAUCACAGAACAUCCAGGAUACUAAUAUGGACUUCUCUGCAUUUUGUAAGAACCAAUUCAAGGCCAGGCGUGGUGGCUCAUGCCUGUAAUCCCAGCACUUUGGGAGGCCGAGGCAAUGGAUCAUCUAAGGUCAGGAGUUCGAGACCAGCCUAGCCAACAUGGAGAAACCCCAUCUCUACUAAAAAUACAAAAAAAUUAGCCAGGCAUAGUGGUGCAUGCCUGUAAUCCCAGCUACUUGGGAGGAUGAGGCAGGAGAAUCACUUGAACUGGUGAGGUGGAGGUUGCAGUGAGCUGAGAUUGCACCACUGCACCCCAGCCUGCGCAACAAGAGUGAAACUCCAUCUC